AUGUCACUCCGAGAACGUCUCAGUUCAAUCACUAAGGGGAAUUCCUCUGUCUCAACCUAUUUGCAUCCAAUCUGCAAUAUUGCUAAUGAAUUGGCCCUCAUUGGUCAUCCUAUUGAUAACCUUGAAAUGGUUAUCCAUGCCUUGAAUGGUCUAGGACCGAACUUCAGGGACUUUACUACUGCUAUUCACACUCAUGACUCAUCAAUCUCCUUCAACAAACUCUAUGACAAAUUGGUGGAUUUCGAGAUGUUUUUACAGCGAGAAGAACAGAUCUCGACACCGGCUCCCAUCACUGCCAACAUUGCACAACGUCAUUACAACGACUACAAUCGAGGACGCCAUCACACUGGCUGCAACAAUCAUCACCAUAACCAUGAUUCACAAAGUCGCAACAACUAUAAUGGUCAUGAUCAAACUUUCCCAAACACUAAGAAGCCAACAUCCAACAAUGUUGUCAUAUGUCAAUAUUGUGAAAAAUCUGGCCACACAGUAAAAUAG